AAGCACUUCCGUUACAGAGGCCAUUUUAGUGAGGCCGAAGAUCGAACUACCGGCAAAAAUGCUUACAGCCCGCUUGUCUGCUUCUUUGGUUCGUCAGCUUCCAUCAGCUGUCAACAAGGUAUCUAAAUAUGCAGUUGGUACAACAUUUGCCGCUGCCAAGAAGUUUUCAACCUCUACACAAAAAUUGGCUGCUGGUGGAACAGGUUCGGAAGUCUCCUCCAUUUUAGAAGAUAGAAUAUUAGGUCAGACUACAAAUGUAAAUUUAGAAGAAACAGGUAGAGUAUUAUCUAUUGGAGAUGGUAUUGCUCGUGUUUAUGGGUUAAAGAACAUCCAAGCUGAAGAGAUGGUGGAAUUCUCCAGUGGAUUAAAGGGUAUGGCUUUGAAUUUGGAACCUGACAAUGUUGGUGUUGUAGUAUUUGGUAAUGAUAAGUUGAUUGGUGAAGGUGAUAUCGUCAAGAGAACUGGUGCUAUUGUAGAUGUACCUGUAGGAAGGGAAAUUCUAGGAAGAGUAGUUGAUGCUUUGGGAAAUGCUAUUGAUGGAAAGGGAGCCAUCAAAACACCAGCUAGAGCUCGAGUAGGAGUGAAAGCUCCAGGUAUCAUUCCAAGAACAUCUGUCAAUGAACCUAUGCAGACUGGUAUUAAAGCUGUUGACAGUUUGGUACCUAUUGGUCGUGGACAACGAGAACUUAUUAUUGGUGAUCGACAAACUGGAAAAACUGCCAUUGCUAUUGACACUAUUAUCAAUCAAAAACGAUUCAAUGAUGGAAGUGAUGAAAAAGCUAAAUUAUACUGUAUUUAUGUUGCCAUUGGACAGAAACGAUCUACAGUAGCCCAGUUAGUCAAACGUCUUACUGAUGCUGAUGCCAUGAAAUAUACCAUUGUUGUCAGCGCCACAGCUUCUGAUGCUGCCCCUCUACAAUAUUUAGCUCCCUAUUCUGGUUGUGCCAUGGGAGAAUAUUUCCGAGACAAUGGAAUGCAUGCCCUCAUCAUUUAUGAUGAUUUAUCAAAACAGGCUGUUGCAUAUCGUCAAAUGUCUCUGUUAUUGAGAAGACCCCCAGGAAGAGAGGCUUACCCCGGUGAUGUCUUCUACCUCCACUCUCGUCUUCUAGAGAGAGCAGCCAAGAUGAAUAACGACAACAAAGGUGGCUCACUGACAGCUUUACCAGUCAUUGAAACCCAGGCUGGUGAUGUAUCAGCCUAUAUUCCCACUAAUGUCAUCUCCAUUACUGAUGGACAGAUCUUUUUAGAAACUGAAUUGUUUUAUAAAGGUAUUCGACCAGCCAUUAAUGUAGGCUUAUCUGUCAGUCGAGUAGGAUCUGCUGCCCAGACCAAGGCCAUGAAACAGGUUGCUGGUUCUAUGAAAUUGGAAUUGGCCCAAUACAGAGAAGUGGCUGCUUUCGCCCAGUUUGGUUCUGAUUUAGAUCAGGCUACACAGAAUUUACUCAACAGAGGUGUACGUCUUACUGAACUGCUCAAACAAGGACAAUAUGUUCCCAUGGCUAUUGAAGAACAAGUAGCAGUAAUCUACGCUGGCGUCAGAGGACAUUUAGACAAAUUAGACCCAUCCAAAAUCACGUCAUUUGAAAGUGAAUUUUUACAACAUCUCAGAAGUAGCCAAACCAAUUUAUUAAAAACCAUUGCCACUGAAGGAAAGAUUUCCGACGCCUCUGAAGAAGCCCUGAAGGGAGUUGUAACUAGUUUCUUACAAUCCUACACUGCAUAAAGAGUUAUAUAUCAUAGUGCUAUACAAUAAACUUGUGAAGAAUAGUAGAGUGAAAGACAAUAUCAAUGCUACUUUAAAUUAUAAUGUUGAUAUAAAACUAAUUUUAUUUUAGCUGAAGUUAAAUUUUGACCAAGACGAAAAAAAUUGUACAGAGGUUGUUGCCAUGUGCAUUGUAAUAAAUGCAUUCAAUACCAA